AUGGCUGCUUUGGCCGCUGUCACUCAUCUUCUUGGGACAGGUGAGGAAAUUGUUGCUGGAGAUGACAUUUAUGGUGGUUCUGAUCGGUUGUUGUCGCAAGUAAUUCCAAAAACUGGAAUCAUGGUUAAACGAGUGAAUACAACUGAUCUGGAUGAAGUUGCAUCUGCAAUUGGCUCCCGGACAAAGCUUGUGUGGCUGGAGAGUCCAACCAACCCUCGGCAACAAAUUUCUGAUAUUCGUAAAAUAGCAGGGAUAGCUCAUGCUCGUGGUGCUCUUGUGUUGGUGGAUAACAGCAUCAUGUCCCCUGUAUUGUCUCAACCAUUGGAACUUGGAGCAGCUCCAGUCCACCGAGCUCCAUCAAGUCUUCCAUCCAUCAGAUUAGAGCUCCACAGGCAUUUCCAUCGAGUUCUCCACCGAGUGACCAUCUUUGACUCGCAUCAAGCAACAAGUGAGGAAAUUGUUGCUGGAGAUGACAUUUAUGGUGGUUCUGAUCGGGUGUUGUCGCAAGUAAUUCCAAAAACUGGAAUUGUGGUUAAACGAGUGAAUACAACUGAUCGGGAUGAAGUUGCAUCUGCAAUUGGCCCCCGGACAAAGCUUAAAAUAGCAGGGAUAGCUCAUGCUCGUGGUGCUCUUGUGUUGGUGGAUAACAGCAUCAUGUCCCCUGUAUUGUCUCAACCAUUGGAACUUGGAGCAGACAUUGUGAUGCAUUCAGCUACUAAAUUCAUAGUUGGACACAGUGAUGUAAUGGUGGGCGUGCUUGCGGUAAAAGGGGAAAGGACUCCAGUCCACCGAGCUCCAUCAAGUCUUCCAUCCAUCAGAUUAGAGCUCCACAGGCAUUUCCAUCGAGUUCUCCACCGAGUGACCAUCUUUGACUCGCAUCAAGCAACAAGUGAGGAAAUUGUUGCUGGAGAUGACAUUUAUGGUGGUUCUGAUCGGUUGUUGUCGCAAGUAAUUCCAAAAACUGGAAUCAUGGUUAAACGAGUGAAUACAACUGAUCUGGAUGAAGUUGCAUCUGCAAUUGGCUCCCGGACAAAGCUUGUGUGGCUGGAGAGUCCAACCAACCCUCGGCAACAAAUUUCUGAUAUUCGUAAAAAAGCAGGGAUAGCUCAUGCUCGUGGUGCUCUUGUGUUGGUGGAUAACAGCAUCAUGUCCCCUGUAUUGUCUAAACCAUUGGAACUUGGAGCAGACAUUGUGAUGCAUUCAGCUACUAAAUUCAUAGUUGGACACAGUGAUGUAAUGGCGGGCGUGCUUGCGGUAAAAGGGGAAAGGAGCAACAGUGAGACUUGUCUCACUGUUGGGACUUNAUUAGAGCUCCACAGGCAUUUCCAUCGAGUUCUCCACCGAGUGACCAUCUUUGACUCGCAUCAAGCAACAAGUGAGGAAAUUGUUGCUGGAGAUGACAUUUAUGGUGGUUCUGAUCGGGUGUUGUCGCAAAAAAAAGAAGGGAUAGCUUAUGCUCGUGGUGCUCUUGUGUUGGUGGAUAACAGCAUCAUGUCCCCUGUAUUGUCUCAACCAUUGGAACUUGGAGCAGACAUUGUGAUGCAUUCAGCUACUAAAUUCAUAGCUGGACACAGUGAUGUAAUGGCGGGCGUGCUUGCGGUAAAAGGGGAAAGGAGUACCUUGUGAAAGACUUGUUUCAUUUGUUCAAUUUAAUUCAUUGAUGCAUCAUCCGCAUUCCUCGCCACACUUCUAAUUAUGUAGUUCUGUGGUGGGAGUUGUUGUAAUCGAGACAUUUGCCAUCAUAAUCAAUGUUAAGGCAUGUUGGUAACUAGAAUUGGCACAAAUCCAUAGGAUUGGGCUUGCUUAUAGAGAGCAGCCGUCGGAUUCUAUAGUAAAUUUGGACAAAAUACAAUUCUAAGGAUCCUGCAAAUACAAAACCCUACUAUUAACUGUAUUUUUAACUGGCCUAUUAUUAAUUAUUGAGUUCCUAGAAGUAGUGGAGCUGUGCCACUGGUUACUUUAAAGCAGUCAGCAUCCUGCAAUUUUUUUCACCCCUUUAAUUUAUUUUGUUUCAUCCUCACAAGUUCUUGUGUUAUUCUUGUAACAGGCAACAGUGAGACUUGUCUCACUGUUGGGACUUGUCUCACUGUUGGGUGAAGACAAUGGCUAAUGUUGCUGCCUUCUUGCAAACUGUCAUCGCUUUGCAUGUGACAAUCACCCCCCCUUACUCUGCUUUUUCUAUCUUCUUGGAGACCUAAAUGUCCAACCAUGCUCCUUUUUCAUGUUCCCCUUUUUCAGUUCCUUUGGAUUUAUUGCUGCACUAAAUUUUGAGCUCCAUCUUGUAUUUGUAGAUAUUUGUGAGUCCAAUGUACGAAUUUAUGGACACAACUUAUGGAAUCAAAGGAAGUG